GACAAUAAGUAUUAAAUUUUAAUUUAAACAAUUAUUGCACUCGAUUUAUCCAAUGUACACGUGUACGUGCACAUCCAUAAGUUUACUUGAAUCUACAUUAGAUGGAAAUAACAAAUUGCUAACAGAUUACAACACUCCACGAUUUAUUGCAAGCGAUCAAGGAAGCUGCGCUAAGAUUGACCCAAUUAAUCUCGAGCGACAUAGAAGUGCGACGAAGGAGAAAUGCAGAUCCUCGAAUGCGUCAUCGUGAAUCAUCACGAUACGAGAGGAGUGAACAAGUAGUGAAACUUUUAUUUUUGAAUAUAUUAUCAAUUGUUCUAUCACGAUAGAACAAAGAAUGGUCAGAAGAGAUUGAAGAUUAAAUAGCGCCAAGUAAUUUCUAUUAGUCACAUAGCCCUGGAUCUGGAUUAAUCGCGAGCACAUCUUCCUCGGUUUGUGCGCUUUGUGGCGUCGCGCUUCCUCUGGAGGAUUCUUCAAAGAAAUCAAGACAAUUCGUGGUCGAUAAAAAAAGAAAUGAUGAUUACGACAAUUUCUUAUCGAAAUAUCUUGAUAAUAUGUUCUUGAAGAUGGCACAUAAAGUUUCUUCGCCUGUUGAAAAGGGUAAAAGUAGCAAUAGCUUUCUUAUUCCUGGAAGUGUAUUCGAAUCGAUUCUUCCCAAAGAAAAUGAUAAGAUCGACGAGCGAAACGUUCGUCGAACGAAACAAGAAAAAAUCUCUUCUAAAAUUCAAUCAACUGGCACGAGUGAGAACGGAUUAAAAUCGAAGUUGUUGUUUGUACGACGAAUACCUUCCGAUGGAAUCACGUAUCAAAUAUGUCAAGAUGAGCCUAACAAAAAAUAUGACAGUGCAAGUCAAAUGCAGAGAUAUAUUAGUGAGUAAAGAAACAAUUUACCUCUUAAAAGACUUUCUACCGAUUCUGCAUGUUACAAAAAUGAAUUAGAUUAGACAAUAGAUAUCAAAGACUGCGUAAGCGAUGACUGUUUUAUAUGUAAAAUAGCUAAAAAACACAAGACCAAUGGCCCGUCACAUCAAUGUAUCGUCAAUAUAUCGUCUACUAUUUCUUCGAUGCAAGAUGCAUCGACGCUUACUCAGGAAGUAGUAAGUUCUUUAUAUCGAAUCGCAAGUUGACACUUUAAAGUCUUCGUAAAGGCAAAAUUUAUUUGAAAUCAAUGAAAAAAUCCCCUAUUGAAUAAGAGAAAUAAUUAAGUUAUCAAAUUGUAUAUACAACUUGUAUAUUCUGUAAUUCUAUAACCGUAUAUUCAAUUAGCUUAAUUAUAACAUAAUGAACAGAAAAAUGAGAGUCUAUAAUUAUUUGUAUGGUAUUAUUUUCAGCUCUGUCCGUGUGCGUGUGGAUUGCUUGUGAGAGAUGAAGCCGAAAGCGAAGUUUCUAUCAGUCCAAUGCCUACAUUGAAAGAUAAACUUAUCAAAACUGAGUUCGAAGAAUUAGGUUUUCAAUUGGAUUCAAGAGGGAUGAUACAUACAAAGGUACAUGACGACACAGUAAAGGUCCAAAAAAGUAAAACGCAGAAAUUGGAAAAAGAUGUAAAUGUCAAGUAUUGGAUAGAGGAAACCGUGCAACUGCGGCUACAAAUGCAAAUUGAAGAGUUGCAUAAAAAUAUUCAAUUUUUUAAACGAGAAAACGAAUAUAUUCGUUGCCUCGCAGAGAAAUGUCGCUGUUUGUCCGAAGACAUAAAUGGUUUGCAGCAAUUCCUACCGAUCAGAGACACAUACUCCGGACUCACGACAACGGUCAAUCGCUUACGAGCAAAAUAUCACAAUGAACAUGGAAUAAUAGCCACAUUAACCGAGAUGUUUCGAGGCUCGAUAAAUACGAGUAUUCAGCAGAUCGCCGCGAGACUGUUAGCAAUCUUUUCAAACCACUGGACUCCGAGAGACAAGUAUUUUAGAUGCGACGUCAAUGAAUAUAAUCGCGCUAUCGUUAAGUUUCUCACGUAAAGUUAAAAUCAACGUUACUAUAUUUUCUCCAGUACAAUAACGACCCGUGUGUCAUCCGCUCCAAGAGUGCAGGCUCCCUUGAAGCCACCGGGUCACGUGGUACUCAAUGUUUAUUAAAAUAUUUUUAGAUAAAUCGCAAACAAUAUACACGCCAGUAUGGAUACAACGAA